CCUGGAGCGGCUGCUACCGACUGAAGAGGCUGAGCCAUGGCGGCUCCUGCGAUUCCGCCGCCGCCGCCGCCGCCGGGGGCCCCUCCCGGGGUGCCUGGAGGGGGCCCCGGGAAAGGGCCCGGGCCGGCGGCUGCAGGGGGAACCGCGAAAAGCGGGGAGGAGAGGCUGAAGGAAAUGGAAGCCGAGAUGGCGCUGUUUGAGCAGGAGGUCUUGGGAGCUCCAGUCUCCUUGCCUACUGUUGCCCCUGUAGUAGAAGGUGUUCCAGUUGCCCUGGCAGUGCCAGCUGUGUCUGCAGUGCCCCCGGUCUCUGUCAUCCGACCUAUCAUUGCUACCAACACCUACCAACAGGUCCAGCAGAGUCUGGAAGCACGAGCAGCAGCCGCAGCGACUGUGGUGACCCCUAUUGUGGCUCCUCCGGUGCCCUUUGUGGGCCCAGCUGUUCCCCCACAACGGCCUCCCAUCCUUAGACCGACGUUUGUGCCCCAUGUCCUGCAGAGAUCUGGUGGUCCUCGGCCCCUGUCAAUGCGCCCCCCUCAUCACCAGUCCAUGGUGGGCCCUCCCAUGCCAGGCCCCCAAGGCCCACCGAUGCUUAUGGGGCCACCGAUGCAGAGGGCACCUGGCCCACCCCUAGGGGGCAUAGGGCCCAUGAGAUCUGGUCCUCCUGUUGGACCAGGGAUUCCUGUUGGCCCUUUGGCACCCCUGGUGCCUGUUCCUCGGCCCGUGGUGGUCCCUCCGAAGGUGAACCCCACCGUCAUCCAGGCUGCUCCUACUGUGUAUUCUGCCCCACCCGUGAAGAAGCAAGAGGAGGAGCACCGGGAGCCUCCGCCCCCCGUGGUGGAGGAGAAAGAGCCCGCUGGGCCGGAGGAGCCUGUGAUUGGUCCCAGUAUGCCAGAGGCAGAGCCUCCUCCGAUGGUGGACCCAAGGGGGAUGCCGUCCCUCCGUGGGCACGAGCUGGCACCUGUGCGAGGGAAGCGCCCCAGGGGGGGCGAUGCUGGAUUUGUACCUGUCGAGACGGCCGUAGAGAGCACGUCCGAGGACAAGAAGAAGACGAAACAGGAGAAGCUGAAGCGCUGCAUUCGCACCGCUGCCGGGACGUGCUGGGAGGAUCCCAGUUUACUCGAAUGGGAUGCUGACGAUUUCCGGAUCUUCUGCGGGGACUUGGGCAAUGAGGUGAACGACGACAUCCUUGCCCGCGCCUUCAGCCGCUACCCGUCCUUCCUGAAGGCCAAGGUGAUUCGGGACAAGCGCACCGGCAAGACAAAAGGCUACGGCUUCGUCAGCUUUAAGGACCCCAAUGACUACGUCCGUGCCAUGCGGGAAAUGAAUGGAAAGUACGUCGGCAGCCGGCCCAUCAAGCUACGCAAAAGCAUGUGGAAAGACCGCAACAUCGACAUCGUGCGCAAGAAGCAGAAGGAGAAGAAAAAGCUGGGCCUCAGGUAACCACUUGGAGGCGUCGGUGUCGGCUGUUCGCCCGCAAGCCCAGUAACCCAAGGACCUGAGCGUCUCUGGGCAUCUUGCCCUCUGCCGAGGAAGCUGCCAGCUGGAGACCAGAGCUGCUCCCUUGCGUCUCCCACAGCCGUUCACUCAGAGGCCCCCUUAUGCAUAGAAGCUUGCCUGUGCGCUCACACGCCUUUCCCGAGAUCUGUACAGACUCAUAGUGGGCAAGACGGGAAGGAGCCAGAACCCACAAUCCCUGCUGGGGAGCAUUUGUGGAGAACAGCAGCUUCCAAGGGCAAACGUGUUGUCAGUCAAUAAAUUUGUGUGUAUCUUUUGUUUUUCUUA